AUGAGCUUCAGCCUCAAGCACGUUUGAUUGAGAUCGAGAGUUGUUGAGGUGUGAAAGGAGUCGUUGACACACCCUGCUUGACUGAUGAUGUCAACAGCAGACAAAUAACAGGCUAUACAGGGAUUAUUUUAUUGACAAAGUCACAUGUUAAUUAAGUACCAGCAAGCUUUUUAAGGGUCACAGACCAGGGACAGUCACUCUGCUUUGGCCCUGUGUGUGUGCAGGCUGGAAGAGCUUCUCAAUCUGCUUCUUACUGGAUUUGAACUUUUCAGAAACUCCUGCAAGGUGCUUUCAGUGAAUCAGUGUGAUUACUCAGGGGCAAAGGACUAUUAUUAUAAUUUUAGGUCUGCAGCCUCUGCAUUGGUUGAAUUUGUGUAAGGAAUUGAGGUGCAAUGGCUCAAACAAUCAACAUGAAGGUCCAGGAGCUACCAUAUCUGCCACCUGAAGUUUGGGUUUUGGUGUUUGGCUACUUGAACACUGAGGAAAAGCACACAGCCCGCCUCUGCUGCAGACAGUUCAGAGAUCUCAUCGACCACCCGUCCCUGUGGAAGAAUUAUACAGCAGGACUCUCCAACUUUCCCCGCUAUACAUCUGGAUUCUGGGACACCGUGCAGUGCCGUGGGGUCAGCCGUGCCACAGUGCAACAUUUGCGACCUAAAGAUUGGAAAAUCCUCAGCAAGUCCUUCCCAUCGCUCCACACCAUUGUCUGUGUGAGGGAACGGCGGUAUUACAAGAUGAAAUACUUAGACAACCUGUGUGAAUUCCCCAGCCUGACGAGUCUUGGGGUACAAAAUGCCAUCUGGGUUAAGCCGUUACUGGUGCAGUGUCGGAGUCAGCAACUAGCAGAGCGGCUGACUCACCUGAGUGUGUGCAACAUUCAGAUGUCCUGCAAAGACACUGUGGAGUUCAUCAACAGCGUGUCACGCUUGGUCAAACUGGAGUACUUACUGUUCCACCAGCAGGAAAGUGCAGGGCUUGGGAGGAUGAGGCCAGUGCCCUCUUCCGUCUUCCACAACCUGCUGCUAAGCCUGAAGAAACUCAAACACUUAUCCUGGGGAAUGAAAGGGGAGCCACCAGUGCCACUGCCCAACAACUACUUCUACCCACUGGACCCAGAAAACCCAGGAGAGUACAGCGGCCCAGAACUGAUCUCUUUGGAGUUAGUCAAUUACACAGAAAUCAUCCUGUCAGAGGACGCGCUGAGGGGUCUGACUUCACUCAAGUCGCUUGCUGUCCACUACAGGUACCCCUGGGAUGGUAUCCAGUGCCAUCUCUAUUCCUGGCUCAGUCAUCUGCAACAGCUGGAAUCACUCUGUUAUUGAAGACCUUCCAUCCCAGGUGACCAGUCUGACACUGCGAAAAUCCAUAUGCGCGUGCCAGAUGAACUCCAUUGCAUCUCAACUCAAGCGAGUUGAGCAUCUCGACAUAGAUCAGAACCGCUUUGCUGAUAGUCUCUGCAAACAGCUUCCUACACUGUUUCCUCAACUCAAGACUCUCAGAAUACGAUUCUACGGUGAGGAACCAAAAAGAGACCUGCUAAUCCUCAACAAGCUGCGACACCUGGAGCGACUGGAGCUGAUCAGGAGACAGACAUACAUUCUUAUAAGUGAUGAAAACAAAACUUGGCCAAGUCCAUCUUUGGAGGGACUGAUCAAGGAGCUGUGGGAGAUCUCCAGGAACAGGUUCAGCAUCAUGACCACGAUGCCCGAAAGGAAUGUUUUUCAAGAAUGCGACUGCAUUUGGGGAAGAGAGGAAACGCGAUUCUAAUCCUGAGCAGUGCAAAGUGAACAAUACAAAAAUAUAUAUUAUUAAACAUUUUUUUUUCUCCAGUGCCUCAUGUGACUGACUGAUAUGCACUUUCAUGUAGAUGCAGCAGGUCCUCAGUUCUGUAACUGUCACUAACCCAGGGACUCGCAAUGCGUGCAAUGCUACCUUUAAAAUAAAUGAAGGUCGGAGGAGAAAGCUGCUGGAGAGAACUUUACACAUGAUGAUAUGUUAUAUAUAAAUAUUCUACUGUUUUUUUUCUUUUCUUUUUUUUGUUUUUUUUAAGGUUUGGUUCAACCAUG